CUGACAGGAGGACGCAUAGGCGAAUUUCUCGCUGAUGGGAUAGAGGUAUCCAUUUGGGAAGCCCAUGGACACUCGUGAAUAUCAACGCAAAUAAUAAUAAUAAAAUAAUAAUAAAAAUAACCACUCCUGAUUAGACUUAUUUUCGCUUCUACGACUGGUGCGCAUUUUGUCUGGGUUGCUUUAGGACAAAAGAAGGAUAUCUUACAUUUCAUCGCCAACAACUCGCAAGCUUUUUGUUGGACCAAACGCACCGGGCGACAUGGAAAACGAAAAAUACUUGCCAGAACUGAUGGCGGAGAAGGAUACUCUGGACCCGUCCUUCCACCACUCAUUGCGGCUUCUUGAUCAAGAAAUUGAAAAGAUUCAGAAAGAUGAAGACAAAGAGGAUGAGAAGUUUAUCGAUGUGGUCAUCAACAAGAACAUGAAACUGGGACAGAAGAUUUUGAUUCCCGUAAAACAGUUCCCGAAAUUUAAUUUUGUGGGUAAACUUCUUGGCCCUCGAGGGAACUCAUUAAAGAGACUACAGGAGGACACACUGACCAAGAUGUCCAUCCUUGGCAAGGGAUCCAUGAGAGACAAAGAAAAGGAAGAAGAACUUCGGAAGAGCGGGGAAGCAAAGUAUAAUCACCUUAACGAAGAUCUUCACGUGCUGAUCGAGGUGUUUGCUCCACCCGCAGAGGCAUAUGCAAGAAUGGGACACGCUCUGGAGGAGAUUAAGAAAUUCCUUAUUCCGGACUACAAUGAUGAGAUCAGACAGGCUCAACUACAGGAGCUGACAUAUCUGAACGGCGGCUCAGAGGAUGCGAAAGUUCCAGCAGCUAGAGGAAAAUCCAUCACACGAGCCAGAGGAACACCAGCACCCGGAAAUCUCAGGUGUCGAGGGGGCGUUCCUCCACCUCAGGCUGCGGUUCCACGGGGUGUGGCGCCCAGAGGAGCUCCUCCCAGCAGGGUUCCUUCUACCAGAGGAAGGGGUGUUCCCUCGCAGAGAGCAAGAGGAGCUCCGCCCCCAGCUGGCUACAGACCUCCCCCUCCGGUCGUACAGGACACCUAUGGUGAAUAUGAAUACGAUGAUGGAUACGGAACAGCCUACGAUGACCCGGGAUAUGACUCAUACGACAACAGCUACAGCAGUCAGGCACAGAACUCAGAAGAUUAUUAUGAAUACAGUCACGGUAUCAGUGGAGAAUCAUAUGAUUCUUAUGGUCAGGAGGAAUGGAAAAACAACCGAAACAAGGCACCACCAGCAAGGAAAAGCAAAGGAGUGUACAGAGAGCAGCCGUAUCCCCGGUUCUGAUCUGCCACAGGCCUCCCUGUGCCCUCCCAAGUAAUGGAUUUUCUAUGGACUCUAUUUCCUUUUUCAAAUAAAAUCAAGCAAAACGACAAAAAUAUAAAGGCAGUUGAAGAUGUUAAAAUCAAUUCAUUGGAACUGAUUGUUUUGUUGCUGGUAAGCUCUUGAUACACGGACAACCCCCACAUGUGGAAUAAUAUGAUUUUGUUCACUGGAUUAUGUAGUUUAAAUCAAAGAACCAAUCAGAAGUCAAAUAGACCCACAUAUGUGAGAAGGAGGCGGGCACUAUCGGCCAGGGGCGGAGGUGAAGUGUACGAUGUUUAGAUUUAGCCAGGUCAGUUUAUGUAGAUACUUUUUUUUUAUUAGAUUGUUGAUCCGCUUCAGUGUGUUCCUUGUAAAUUAUACCUUAAAUGAAAAUGAACUAGUUAAAAGGAAAAACCUUGAUGCACUUAUUGUUGUUUUCCACUUUUUCUUUCAUUGUUUCUUUUUUUGAACUGGAAAGUCAUCCAGCAUUAAAGGGCUUAUAGGAGCAUGUCGUAAAAUCUAUGUGCACUUUCAGUUUUGACGAGAAAAGCCUGCAUAGUUAUGUCUUAUUUUUGUAUUAAGCGUUUUAACCAUUUAAUGAGCUCUGUGGUAAUAGGUGUUUUCGACGAUUACGCCAAACUGACUCAAAAUGCCCAAUUCAAUUUUCCAAUUUGAGCUGAUAUCUGAAAUGUUCUUUUAAGACAAUCUUCAAGCACAGACUAGAUGUCGCAAGUUACUUUGUGACGCUUUACUGUGCAAUUGUGAUGUAUUAGAACACAUUUAAUCACAGGUAUGUGCUGUAACUGUUGGCUUUCUUUAGACUGUCCAUUAGUGUAUGAUGGGUUAAAAUAAACAAAAAAUAAAAAACUAAACCAAAGCAAAGCAAUUUUGGCACUUUGUGUUUCCUUUUAAAACUUGUUGUAAUGCUUUUUAAUUGCACAGCAAAGUGUUGUGAGUCAUUUCUAAACAUGAUAUUGUUUAUUCAAUUGACAAAUCUUGAACUACUACUGUUUUUUUAAUUUUUAUUGUUUAACUAUUAAAUAUUAAAUCUAAUCAAAUGUGUCCUGAGAGGUAAUAGUUAUGGAAAUUAUUGUGGUUCUGGUGGUGGCAGUUUAGUACAUUUCUGUUAAGAACUAUAAUCUUUGUAAGCUU